GCACAAUCGCACAGAUAAAGAACUUUGCUGUGGCGUGGAUUGACAGGACUGACGCCCGACUAAGCAGCUCGCCCAUCCCACCAGUCCAGUUUAAAUUACAAUAUAAAGCAAGCGAAACAGGCCACCAUUGAUUUACAGCGCCAAUGCCUGGAUGGCGCUGCCGUCGCUUGACGCUUCGCGCGUGUUACACACAGGCGGCGCCGCUGCCGCUGCUACCUCUGACAGGGUUCACUAGCAGACGAUAAGCGUAACAGCCACUUCUGUGUGUCUAGCAGCCCUUCCAGCCGCCAAAGAGCCUGCAUCGUUUCAAGUUUGCACGUCUCCAACAUGCGGACGAAGAUCGUGGAAUGCGUGCCCAACUUUUCCGAGGGCCAGGACCAAGAGGUUAUUGAUGAAAUAACAAAAGCCAUCAAGUCAACGCAAGGCGUGUCUCUGCUGGGUGUUGAUCCAGGUUCUUCAACCAACCGAACUGUGUACACAUUUGUGGGCUCACCCGAUGCAGUCAUCCAGGGAGCACUCAAUGCUGCAAGGGUUGCCUACAAACGCAUUGAUAUGACAAAGCAUAAAGGAGAGCAUGCCAGGCUUGGGGCACUAGAUGUGUGCCCAUUUAUUCCUGUUCAAGGCGUUGAGAUGGAGGAAUGCGUCUAUUGUGCCAGAAAGUUUGGAGAGAAGCUUUCAGCAGAAUUGAAUGUACCUGUUUACCUCUAUGGUUUUGCAGCACAGCAGGACUACAGACGUAGUGUGCCACAAAUUCGUUCAGGUGAAUAUGAAGGACUCUGCGAAAAGAUCCUAAAGCCCGAAUGGAGACCCGACUAUGGACCAGCUGAGUUUGUGCCGCAGUGGGGAGCCACCAUGUCAGGGGCUCGCAAGUUUCUUAUUGCAUACAACAUCAACAUCCUCUCUACCAAGGAGCAGGCACACCGCAUUGCACUCGACAUAAGAGAGGAAGGAAGGGGCAAGGGACAGCCUGGUCUUCUCAAAAGCACACAAGCUGUGGGCUGGUGGCUUGAAGAGAACAACAUUGCACAAGUGUCAGUGAAUGUCCUGGACCAUGACAUCACACCAGUUCAUGUUGUGUAUGAGGAGAUUGAAAGAAUUGCCAAGUCAUUAAAGCUAGCAGUCACAGGCUCGCAAAUAGUGGGCGUUGUUCCCCUAAAGGCCAUAUUGGCAGCAGCUGAAUUCUACAUGAAGAAGGAGAAUCUUUUUGUUCUCGAAGAGGACCAGAAGGUCCACCUGGCCAUCAACCGGCUUGGGCUCAAUUCACUUGGCCCAUUUGAGCCGUCGGAGCGCAUCAUUGAAUACAUGCUGCCCGAUGACAAACUGGGGCCAUUGGCACAGAAAACCUUGUGCCAGUUCAUCCAUGUAGUUGGAGCCAGGACACCCACACCAGGCGGUGGUUCUGUUGCUGCUGCUGUAGCCUCUCUCGGUGCUGCUCUGGGAGCCAUGGUGGGCAAGAUGACCUAUGGCAAGCGGCAGUGGGAGCGCUACGACGAGCAGAUGCGGCGACUCAUUCCCAUAAUGCAUCACACUAUGGAUGAACUGCUGCCCAUGGUAGAUGCUGACACUGGGGCGUUCAACGACUACAUGGCUGCUCACAAAUUGCCCAAGAACACCCCUGAAGAGGAAGAAGUCCGUGAGGCUGCAAUGCAGGCUGGCUUAAAAAAGGCCAUUGCUGUCCCACUGGGGGUGGCUCGGUCUGUCAGCAAGCUGUGGGACACCGCCAGGGAGCUGGCUUCCAUCAUCAACAUCGGGGCAAGAGCAGACUUGCAGGUUGGCGCACGCUGCCUUGAAACUGGUGUGUUUGGAGCCUACUGGAAUGUCAUCCUGAACUGCCAAGGCCUACAGGACGAGGUUUACAGGGAUGAGGUCCUGAAAGAAAUUGAACAGUAUCGGGAAGAUGCAAUAAAAGGUUGCGCUGAUGUACUCGGCAUUCUAGAGAAGCGCAUAUCAUAAGCGUGGAGAUGCCCACCUGCACUACUUAAAUCAAAGCAUUCCUGAAUUUUACUGUCAACGAGACAUACCUUCUUGCAUGUCUACGUGUGAGAGACAAGUUUGGAUCCUGUUUACAGUAUGUUUAUACAUUUAUACACUUUUAUAUCCUGUAGAUCUAACAUAUACACAUGUAUUGCAUCUUACAAGGCUCCUUGACCAUAAUUGCAAUCUUGUUAAUGGAUGCUUGAAGUGACAAAACAUUUAUGUUUCCUGGGCAUUUUGCGGUGAAAGGCUUGUAAAAUCACUUUCGUGACUGCAAUGUGAGAGCGAAAAUUCUGUUCAGACAAAGUCUAGGAUGGACUAUUUCGAUUUUAUUUUAUCUGAAGGUGCUGUUCCCUAAAGUACUGUUCUUGCAACAUUAAAAUGUUGUUUAAGGCACAUUAUUUCAAUUUUAUUUUUCUUUAGCAUCUUAUUUUCGUUAAUGCUGUUUCAUGAUAUGUAAUUUGCAAGAGCAUUGUGUUCGUUUAAACAUUUCUGUUGGCAUGCUUAGAGGGCAGAUGUUAAUGAAUUUCUGCAUGAAUCUUAGACAUAUACUUUGGUCUCAGGGCAUUUACAGUGUUGUUGCAACAACAACAAAAAAAAAGUUGUAGCAGCACAAGCAUAUAUUGCUCAUGAUUUUAAGAAAUGACAGCUUCAAGCAAUUUUCAUAUGUACAAUCGAUAAGUGGAGCUCUUCGUGUUGCAAUACGAAUGCAGCAAAUGCUUGACUUGAAAAUUCAGAUCAUUUCAGAUGUCUGCGCAGAACUGGUGAAUGUAUUUUUAUCUGUGGCAGCAAGUGCUCAUUAAAGCAAUAGCAUUCAAGUACACAAAAUAAUUGAACUAAGUGCCGCUUACUGGUUGCAUUAUCUAAACUCGGAAUAAAGUACAAAGCAUUUUUACCAUGGCUUCAUGUUCCCUCUUAGGCGCUAAAGCACAUUUGAAAGCUGGACUAAGUAUUCUGCGAGCUAUUUCUGAAAUGAAAUACUCAUCGUUCCAAAGAGGAAGGUUAAAAACAAAUGUGAACCACUGAACAGAGGCAUUUGACACCUGCUGUGACACCUUGUUGCCGGCUUCAAGAGCUAGGCACAUGCUCCACUACUGAAGUGAAAGUGCAGCUGUUAGUUUCCGUUACAUUAGAGAAUUUACCGUGAUGUGCUCCUUAGUCCACAGCUUUCGCACUAUCAUAGUUGAGGAGCAUCAACAUUCCAUGUUUGUCAGUAUGUGAGCCAUGUGUGCGACUUUGAUGUGGAGCACAUGGUAAACAAAUUCUGGACAUGUGGUAUGCUUGGGCAUUAGAAUACUGACAUCCUCACGGAACUGAUAAACAUACUAUCAUGUCUGGCACAAAGCAGAGCAGACAUUUUUAUUACCCAGACUAAGGUAGUGACAAUAACUGGUUCACUGGCAGAGCAGCUAGCCUGUGGGCAGGAUCAAUGCAUCCUAGAUAACUUGCAUGCCUGCACAUCAUGUGAAAUGAAGCCAUGAAGGCCCAUGUAAACAACAGAACACUAUUAUAGUGGCAUUUUGUUGGAUUCAUCUUUUUAUCCUUUUUACAAAGCAUGGUCUGCAGCUGGAGCAUUGGUCUUCCUAGGGGACAUGAUGCACAGGCCAGGUACAUCUGAGAGGCUUUGUAACGGCCUUCUUCCAAAUGCCGUUUGGAAGAAAUUUUGUGUGCAAAUUUUGGACCCGAGUUCAAGAAGCUGCAUGUUUGGGACAAGCACUCAGUGCUUGUGUUCAUUUCUAUAGGCACAUUGUGCCUGAGACAAAGGGAUCAUGUCUAUUGGCAUGAACACAGCUAUGAAAUGGUGGAAAAGUGAAACCUUUAGCAAAAAAAGUAGCAUGGGUUUUCCAUAACUGAAUAAAUUAUUGACCAUGAGUUGUUAGAUAUACUACACUAUACAUGUCACCAUAGCUGUAGGUUAUCUGAGACUGUAGAGCUGUAAGCAUUUUUUAUUUUUCUUUACAGUACGCAUUUACUGAAAUUACUGUAGUCAUACUUUACCAUCUGUUUGUGGUGGUGAAUGGUAUGUUAGCAGUACGUGA